GGCUCUUGGCCAUAUUCAGCGGGGUACUGGUACCUAAGCAUGACGUCACGUCGAAGCCUUUCACCACAAAACAUGGUGGACUUUCUGUAGGAGGAGCACGAAACGGCGAAAAGCUUGAUAUAUCUUUAGUUCAGUUUCCUCCGUAGAACUAGUUAGAAGAUUUUAAAUUUUCUAAGUUAGUUUCAACAAUGUCCGGGGAACACACGCCAAGCUUAAGCGACGAGGAAGAUGACGAUUUAGAUUGCAGUAAUUCGCAGCCUCAACUACCAGAAUUGCAGGGGACCUUGUCAAAAUGGACUAACUAUCUGCAUGGAUGGCAAGAAAGAUGGGUUGUUUUAAGCGGUGGUACUUUGUCCUACUACAAGUCGGAGUUUGAUACAGCGUUUGGGUGUCGAGGAUCUAUGAGUGUUGCGAAGGCUACUAUUCAACCCCACGAAUUUGAUGAAUGUAGGUUUGACGUCAGUGUAAAUGACUGCAUGUAUUACUUGAGGGCACCGGACAUGGAUCUACGCCAGAAAUGGGUUGAUGGAUUAGAAGCUGUAAAAGCAGCAGAGUCAGGCUAUGGCUCAGAGUCAAGUCUCAGAAAAGGUGGCUCUAUGCUUUCACUGUCAUCUGUCACAAGUUUAUCAACAACAGCAUCAUCUUCUUCUUUCAAAAAAGGGAGAGGCCUGCGUGAAAAGCUGAUGGAACUCGAGACCUUCAGAGACAUUGUCUGUCAGCAGAUAGACACUCUUCAAAGCUACUUUGACGCUUGUGCUGGAGCUGGUGGGAAUCACAAACAAGUUCCUCAUAUGGACGUGAAUGAUCAUGAUCUCUUUGGCAGCAAUGAUGGGUUGGAUAAUGAUGCUGACGAUGAAAUGGAUGAACUUUCAACUACCCCCACUCCAGGCACCUUAAAUCAACUGGCUGGUAACCUAGGCAACAGGAAAGCAGCAUCUGAUGGCAUUGACAGCCCACCAGUUCUAUCAAUUGCAAAUGCCAAAGGGAUGGAUUUCAGGGGAGAAUCCAUCACGUUUAAAGCAACUACCACCGGUAUUUUGGCCACUCUUCAACACUGCAUUGAUAUCAUGAACAAGAGAGAGGAUCACUGGCAAAGACGACUGGACAAGGAAAUAGAAAAGCGUAAAAAGGCAGAAGCAGCUAUAAAAUCAGCAGUUGUUAAUGCCAGAAAACAGGCAUUUAUUGGAGGUCCAGAUUUUGAGGAAGGACCACACAGUGCUUUGAAUGAGGAAGAGUUCUAUGAUGCAAUAGAAACUGCUCUUGAUCGUCAGGAUGAAGCAGAAGCUACUACGAAUGACUUUCAGAUUAGCACCUUCAUGCCUCCUUCUGAGCUUACAAUAGAAGAACCCUCUCAUCGACUAAAAACAGAGGUUGAUGAAAAUGUAAAGGAAAGUUUACAAAUUGUUUUGGAAAAUGUGGACGACAACUGGAACUUAGUGUAUGAAGAUGGAGAUUUAAAGGUAUACCGACGAGAUUAUGAAGAAGGAGGUAUUGUUCUGGAUCCCAUGAAGGCUACCCAUGUUGUACAGGGUGUCACAGCCAGGGAGAUGGCUCAUUACUUUUUUGACAAAGAUGUUCGCAUGGAUUGGGAGAGCACGUUGGAGUCUUCAAAAGUUUUGGAACAACUCAGCGAGAGUUCAAUCAUAAUGCAUCAGAUUUAUAAGCGGGUGUGGCCAUCAUCUCAGAGAGACACCGUUUUUCUUUCACAUAUUCGGGAAAUUCCAUUGAGUGAUGCUGGUGAAAGACUAGAAAACGAAGUUGGUCGGCCGUGGAUUGUUUGCAACAAUUCAAUGGAACAUCCUGAUGCUCCGAUGAACAAGUUUGUAGGCGCCGCCAUCGUGGUGGGUUUGUAUUGUCAGACGUUUAUUGAACCAAGAGCAGAGGGGGAGAAGCUCACUCGAGAUCAUGUUACCUGCAAAAUUACCUACACUGCAAAUGUUAAUCCAGGAGGGUGGGCUCCACCUUCGGUUGUACGAGCCGUCUCAAAACGUGAAUACCCGAAGUUUCUCCGAAAAAUCAGCUCGUUUUGUCAAAAUGCCUGUAAGGACAAACCCAUCAGCAUGUGAGUGGAGAACGUGGAGUACAACUGGGCACUCCUUGAAAGGAAACCUUGGUCAUGAAUACCAUCAGCAGUCGACGAAGGUUUUCCUUCGUGAAACACGGAACAAUUUUCAUGUGGAGAUGAAAACUUAAUUUGGAACCAACAUAAUUUUGUUGUUAAGUACCUUGGAACAAUAAGUGAUAAAGCUUUAAGACCUCUGCUCGCCUCGCCGCGCAGGUUGGUGAUAUUUUUAUGCAAAAUCGAUUAAAUAAAAACGCUGACUAAACAAUCCGUAGUGGUACUACUAACAAUAACGAGAGAACGUAAGUGAAGCAAAUGUGAAAAGAAAGAACGCUUUUACGUUACUUAUUAGAAUUACAGUUCACGACUCUCCUCAUUAGAAGCACCUGAAUCUUUACUUAGAGGUUUUGGAUACGUCGGCACAAAGAAGCUAUUUCAAGACACUUUGACUAAUCGAAGAGUACAAUAGAAUAGCCUCUUGCAAACUAGUAAUUUUAGACUGAGUUUCAAGGUGACCCGGGAUUGUUUGGGUUCUUGCUUUGCUACGCACUAUGAUUGGCUAAGAACACUCUCGCCUCCCUCUCAACCAGUCAGAUUAAAAACCUGUGCUUUCCCGCACAGCAUACGAUGUUCUUGUUUGGUUUUGAACUUUUAUUGGCCCCGCAUGGUAUUUACCUAUGUUCUGAUUGGCUUUCGAGUUUUCUAUGUUUUUUUUUUUUUUUUUUCACGCCGCUCAAUCAAAAUACACUCUGGAACGAAAACCUUACAAAAAUCGUUUGUUAGUUUUGAAAAACACUAUGAAGGUAAAAUUAAACCUAAAGGAAAGAAUCUGAGUAGGGUUGGCGAAGACUGACACGACGAAAAUUAUACUCUCGUAUGUCUUGUAUACCCGAACUCUAACGUUUCUGCAAGUUAAGUUGAGUGUUACGUUUAUCGGAAGGGAAAUAGGGAGGGGAAAAAACAUUGCUUAUUGACAAAUUUUCUUAGAAUAUUGCAAUUUUGAAGGCGUCGACUGCGCUUCUAGAUUUUACAUUAAAUACCUUAUAAGUUAUGGGAAGUGUAACAAGAUGCGAAUUUGAAUGUACAGCUUUUUACUUUUAUCUCGAAUAAUGCGGAUGAGACGAAUUUGUAAAAAAGAUAUAGAUUCAAAAAUUAGAGAUACACAAUGAUGUGGAACGAACUUAUUUCGUGGACUCCUUGGUCAGAAAUGAAGUCAGCGAAAUAAGAUCUUGAUUGAGUAUUUUGUUUACCUACUAGAUAAAUGAAAAGUAGGUCAUUUUGCAAUGAAUAUAAUUUAAAAAGCUAAAAGUGCCAACAUUAUGAUCAAUAUUUAUUACUCAAGUACUAACCUGAGCAAAAAGAAGAAGGGAAUGAAUUUUUGUUCUGAACGGAAUUCUAUGGAAAAAUUAAUGAAUAAGUAUGGAAGAAUUUUGAAGAAAGCAUGCACAUGUUUUGUCAGGAAAUCUAAAUAAAAACUCGAUAAUGAUU